UCAACAACACAGGCGAAUACAGUUCCAGCACAGAAUUAUUGUCAUCCAACUCCAUUGUGCUGACUGAUUAAAUGGCACAUGCUGAUUUCGCCAAUUGUAAUGGUGGCACAGAGGGGAAUACUGUUGUACCCACAGCACCCCCUCAGGAGGGUGAUCAUAAUUAUGAUCCCCCACCAACAUAUGCAGAGGCAACAGGGACCAUUGGUGGCGGUGGACCGGUUCCUGGCCGGUUGGAGGCUGGUCUGGCGCCGGCGACCAUGCCGGCCUUGCCGACCGGCCCAGGCUUUAACGACUCCCCGGAUCCAGUGCGGGCCGCUGCCGCGACCUGGGCUGUGACCCGCACUGGCGGCGAUGGUGACGCACCACCCAGCUACCAGUCUUUGUUUGGACAGAUCAAGGAGGCUCGCGAGAAGUCCACGAGCAUCUGUGACUUCUUUGCCACUGUCUUUCUUAUGCCACUUGGGUUUUUAGUAGCACUUGUGAUCUUCGUCUUAUGCGUGGGCGUGGUGUUCGGCAUGCCCGUCACGCUGCUGGCCGUCGGCUCGUACUACAUGGAUGACUGCCCGCUCGAGCCGGGCAUCCCCGUGUGGAUGGUGGUCGGUGGCGCGCUGAUGCUCCUGCACAUCCUCAGCUCGCAGCGCAAGGACACCACCUGCGUGGACGUGAUGGCAGUGGUGGCGUAUCUGAUCUGGUUCAUUGCAGGAGCCACACUGGUGUACCGCAACGCGUGGCCGAAUUACUCCCGGGCCAACAGUUAUGACAUGCUCUACUGCGGCUACACGGUCUACAUGACGGCCUUUGUGUCGGUCUCCAUCAUCAGCGUGCUGGCAGUGUUGAUCUGCUGCGUCGCCAGCAUAUGAGGCCGCUGCCACCAGGCCGCGACUGCAUACAAUGGUGUGGCGUCUCUGACGGCUCAGCCGGCGCCGCUGCCACCAGGCCGCGACUGCAGACAAAGGUGUGACGUCUUUGACGGCUCGGCCGGCGCCGCUGACACCAGGCCCCGACUGCAGGCAAUGGUGUGGCGUCUCUGCCCGCUGCCACCAGGCCUCGACUGCAUACAAUGGUGUGGCGUCUCUGACGGCUCGGUCGGCGCCGCUGCCACCAGGCCCUGACUACAUACAAUGGUAUUGCGUCUCUAGCGGCCCGGCCGGCGCCGCUACCACCAGACCCCGACUGCAUGCAAUGGUGUAGCGUCUCCGGCGGCCCGGUCGGCGCCGCUGCCACCAGGCCCCGACUGCAGACAAUGGUGUGGCGUCUCCGGCGUCUCGGCCGGCGCGUUUGGAAGCAACAGGUGUAUUGUUUGCGUGCUGGCGAUAGGCUGCUUUGCAUCCCCGCCCGACCUAAUUUGUUUAGUGUUUUGCUUCUGACGUGUUUAAAGGAAGGUUUGUAUUGCAGCAAGGCGUCCCCGUCAUCAAGAAGUAGAACCAAGUUUAGGCGGUGGGCCUAGGGCCUAGUUUAGGUUAAGGCGAUGGGCCUACUCCCGUCGCACCUCUAACCUCCUCAACUUCCUCUUACCUCCUCUAAUCUCUUUUAACCUGCUCUAACCUGCUGUAACCUCCUCCAACCGACUCUAACCUUCUCCAACCUUCUCUAACCGCCAUUUAACCUCUCCUACACACCUAACCUGCAUAUCAGCAUAUCUAACCUUCUCUACCCGCUGUAACAUCAUCUAACCUCUCUAACCUCUGUAAUUUCUUCUAACCUCCUCUCACCUCUUUCAACCUCCUCCAAACUAAUUUGGUCUACCCCGUGGCUUCUCUAACCUCUUCUAAGCUCCCCAAAGCUCGCCCCGAACUUCCUCCAGCCUCCUCCGAAAUAGCAGGUGGUUUUUCAGAGGGGUUUGGAGAAGGCUUCGAUAGACAUUAGUGGCGCAGUUCAUUCAGAUGUUUUUUUUUUGUUCCUUUUGUUGGCACUUAACGGUAACAAAGGACUUGAGUGUAGUUUACUGCGGAUAGAUUAUAUUCUUAGUCAUUUUAUAGUUCCGUGUUCAUAUAAUCACUACUAUUAUAGAUAUUUACCAUUUUGAAUGUAUUUUGUUCAGUGAACUCAAUGUCCCAUGUUAUUCAGUGCGCAGUGCGUCAGUGCGCUAAAACUGUUGAGCUAAGUUGAGCGCAGACAGCUGAUGGCUCCUCCGAAGUCGUUCCCGUGGCAUCCGAUUUCAGCGCUCCUCCAACCUCCAAACUCAUCUCAUCUUGUUUUGAAGGAGCGACGUGACGGACCCCACGGUUUACCGUCGUAUGCCUGAGCACAGACUCGGGCACAGGCGGCUGCUUUUUCGAGGAUUUUGUCCCCUGUGCCGUACAAAGGCAAAAAGCGCGAGUGCAUUUUAACAUUUCUUCAGGGGAGAGCUUUUUCGAUUUUUUGCUAUAUUAGGGCGGUUGGUGGUAAAUACUUGAAUUGCAUACCAUUAAAUUUAUCGCAUUAAGAUCAGUCGUGCUAUAUGCUGUUUCACUCACCUGAACACAUGGACGUUACAGAAUUGGGGAAAGGUUUUUUAUAUUUUGAUCUUUGUAACAACAAACGUGACCUCCGCUAAGUAAGACAAGCGCAAAUACAACGGGAUGGAUGCUUUUAGGAAAAGCAGGUUCACCAGCGUAUGCGAUGAAAAAACAAGUGCAGGCGUGCGCUUUAUUUUAAUGGUAAUGGAUGUAUUUCAGGGUAGGUGAGGGCAAUCGCCAAUACACAUAAAACUCAUAAUUCGAGGCAGCAACUUAAACUUACGCUGAUUCUCGUAGAUUGGCUAGGCUUUGUUGACCUAUGGCAACAGGCUUAAGCAUAGGGAGAGCAGACUCAGGGGAUUUGACACGACUUCAAGGUGGGCGGUGUUUGCACCUCCUUUUGGAGCAUCGUGGACUGCAUCCUCCCCACCUACCUUGAAGAGAUGCGAGAAGUGGGAGACUGGCUGGGCGGCACCGAGCUCUCCGGCAGGAUCAGAAGGCGCUAGAGAAGCGGGAGGCUGUGGCUGGACGGCAGCAAAGUCUCCGGCAGGUCCAGACGGUGCCUGGGAAGCCGGAGGCUGCGGCUGGAUGGCAGCAAAGUCUCCGGUAGUGCCAGAUGGCGGCGAGAAAAUGGAAUGCUGUGGAUGGGCGGCAGCGAGCUCUCCGGCAGGUCCAGACAACGCCAGGAAAGGGGAAGGCUGUGGCUGGACGGCAGCGAGCGAUGGCGGCGUAGAGGCGGAAGGCUGUAGCUAGACGGGAGCGAGCUCCUCGGUAGUGCCAGAUGGCGUAGAAGCAGGAGGCUGUGGCUGGACAGCGUCAAGAAAAAAGCGAAGUCCGGGCAUGCACAUGUUAUUAAAUGAUUCGGCGAAUGGUAAGAAAAACUUGCGUUUUUUGCAUAGCUCACAGCGCUUGCACUCCUUUGACGUGGGGGAUUGGAUUUGUUCUACACUUGCGCUUUUUUAAAAGGAAAGUCCAAAAUUUUGGGUGAUUGGGGCUGAUAACGACAGUCAUAUUUUGAGAGACGGUGGGGAUCGGUACUGCGAAUCGACGGUGGCGAAAGCGCCAAGGUGGCAAAAAUUGCACUUGCGCUUUAUUUCCUUUGCACGGCAGCCUUGUGUUUAACAUGCUUGAGUUGUUUGGAUCUGGUUAUGAAAUCCACAUUGAGGUACAUGUUUUUGUAUAGUUGCUCUUUGAAUCAAGACACCAAUAGUGUAUGAUACCUGUUCGCCACGUUUGCGACCAUAUGUGGAUUGUGUAAACGUAUUUUCUUUACGACGUGAAUGUCGCAAAACCGAAAUGCCUCAGGAACGCUCGGUAUGCCUGUCGCUACGGCUUGUUACGCCAGUGUGAUAUUUGUGGCGCUGUCUCGACAUUUUCGUCGUACCUCGUCUGCUGCCAAUGUUGUUGCUUGUGGCUGCUCCGACGUUGGAAGAUGCUGCGGCUGGUCGCACCGGCGUUUGGUGUGGCGCGGUCGUGAGGUAGCCCCGGUUGCGGGACGGCGCCCGCCUCUACGGGUGCUUCUGCCAGCGAUCUGUAAUGGCCGCCGAGCGUCGCCGCUGGGUCGUGGCUUUGAGACUGACGACCGGUCUGACGACUGCGUACAUUCGCCUCACCCGUCCCGGUGCGAACACAAAAUGGCCGCGUCCAUGUUGAAUCUCGCCAUGUCUGACCAUCAGCCUGGAAUUAUCUGUUGAGACCACGGACUAUCGGUAUACCGCAACAACCGAUCCAGACAGGUCGGCUAGCGUCCACAGCACGUCUUUGAUUGCAUCUCGAGUGAACCAAUGGGUCGGACAUUGUAGCCAGUUACCGGUAACUGGACACGGCAGUUGGAUUCUGAUGGGCCUAUGAACUGUCAAAUACGUGUUUGGUGAUUCAGUGUGCGGGUGUGCUAUGCUGCCUAUUGCCUCAGUUUGUUUGGCUGUGCAUAUUGUGAAGUUUUGCGGUCCAGAAACGUGUCAUGGAGUUGUUUAUUUAGCUGCCAUGAACCUCACGCGCCUGCCUGCUAUAAAGCCAUCGUGACGAGGCGGCCGCACGAGGACGGACGCUAUGACGAGGCAGCCGUCCAGAGGCGGGCACCGUGACGGCAUCCACCCGGAGACUGUCAUCAUGACGAGGCAGCCAUACGGAGACGGACAUCGGAAGUCGUGACGAGGCACCCAUCCGGAGACGGACACCGUGACGAUGCAGCCAUACGGAGACGGACAUCGGAAGUCGUGACGAGGCACCCAUCCGGAGACGGACACCGUGACGAUGCAGCCAUACGGAGACGGACACCGUGACGAGGCAGCCUUCCGGAGACGGACACCGUGACGAUGCAGCCUUCCGGAGGCGGACACCGUGACGAGGCAGCCAUACGGAGACGGACACUGUGACGAGGCAGCCAUACGGAGACGGACACUGUGACGAGACAGCCAUCCGGAGACGGACGCCGUGAGGCGUCGCCAUGCUUUCGCUACGACGCCGCGCUUGUGUGGCGGUCAGAACGCUGUGUUGUGCGAAAUAUAUCAGCCUGUCUGCCACUGUGCCCUGGGGUUGCUGCGUGUCACGUCGGCGCACUUAUAUUCGCAUGGAGUGCCCGUCUGGUAACGACUUUUGUGGGCGGGAGUCGUGUUGAGUUUUGAGGUUCUCCCAACCAAUAACCAGUCAAGUCAACAGUAUGUAACCGGGGGCAUGUCACGCGUACAAAACGGAGACUCACAUGCUCAGACGUAAUGACAGGCUGUCAUUAUGUUUGUCGUUUUGUUUGUUGCCUGUCUUUGACAUUGUCUCUCACUUCAGACCACCUUGGUGGUUAGAAUCGAUCUAGCCUCUACCUUACAACUUGCUUUUUGAAUGGCGAUGCAAUGGCCUGAAUGUCUGCAGUGUUUUGUUUUCCGCUUUGUCGGUAACUGACAACAGUUGAACUGUAACGUCACAUGGCUGAAAUACAUGUACCCACUGAUG